ACAGAAUUAUAUUUCAUCAUAAUAAAAAUGCCACCACCAGGCUGGGGAAGACCUUCGGAAUAUAAUCAUCACCAUCAUCAUCAUGGAAGACCAAUGGUAGAAGUCGAUGUAAUAACUCCACCGCGCCAAAGAAGACCAUUUAUAGAAGUUGAUGUUAUGGCUCCACAGAGAAGGCCCUUUAUAGAAGUUGAUCUAGUAGCUCCUUGUCCACCGCCACCACCCCGUCCGGCUAUUUCCAUAGAACUCUUUGGGGGUCGUCCUCGUCCACCACCACCACCUCCAGCAACGGUAGUAGUAGUAAAUAAUCAACCUCAACAACCUCGGCCUUAUGGAUGGUGAAUUUUAAGCUCAAGGUGCUAAAGUUGAAAAUUAAUAAAGUUAAGUUAAUUAUUUUUAAAGUGUGACAAAAAUAAAAGUUGUGAUAAUUGAUAAACCGAAAAAACUCAA